AUUUCCGGCGAAGAAGACGAAAGGGGAAGAUGCAGAUUUUCGUGAAAACACUCACUGGCAAGACCAUCACCCUCGAGGUCGAGUCCUCUGACACGAUCGACAAUGUCAAGGCCAAGAUCCAGGACAAAGAAGGUAUUCCUCCGGAUCAGCAGAGGUUGAUAUUCGCCGGAAAACAGCUCGAAGAUGGUCGUACCUUGGCUGACUAUAACAUCCAGAAAGACUCUUUGGAUUCUCCGACUUCAAGAAAUGAUAAAUUAGUCAAAUGGGUGCUACGCUCGUCUGCACCCAAGGGCUGUGAACUGCAGGAAGAAGAAGUGUGGACACAGCAACCAGGUUUAUUGAGGCCGAAGAAGAAGAUCAAG